CAACACAAAUUUAUUAUCUUAAUAGUUCUGUAGGUCAGAAGUCUGACACUGGAACUACACCUCGAUUUUAGCCCUGUGAGACCCAUCAGACUUGGAACCCAUAGAACUAUAACCAACUGUUAAGUGGUUAGCCAGGUUUGGGAACCCCACACCAACCAUCCUUCUAUUUCAGGCAGUUGGUGGCAAGCUUUGUGCUGCUCAUUCUUCCAACCGGACGCCCUCAGCCCAGCCUCUCUCCGAGGCUCCACAAUAGGUUGGUGCGCCCCGCUUCACUUGCUCUUUCAUGGCCAGCCUCGCCUGGCCUGCCGGACUCCUAACUUUAAUCCAGGGGAGACGGUUCUGCCAACCCUUUGGGCACCGACCGAGCGUCCUCCAGUGGGUCCCGAGAACCAGGCGCGUCAGCUGCGUCGCGGAACGCCAGAGGAAACUGUAGAGGGCUCUGUUGCCUAAGGUUCUAACUCGACCCUAAGCCUCGCGACGUACACCUAGACCCGGCCCUGGGCGUAUCACAGCCGCAGAACCCCGCAGAACCACUAGGGAGCUAAGCGCCAGCAUUUCCGGGAAGGGACGACUCCCCCGAAGCUGAUUGGCUGUUACUUUGACCCGCCCCCGCCGUACUUGUUCUUCCUGCCGCGCGUGCGCGCUGUCACUACGGAGCAGCAGCAUGGCAGACCCAGAAGUGUUGGGAUUUGAACACAUGGGCUUGGACCCCCGGCUCCUGCAGGCUAUCACUGACCUGGGCUGGUCGCGACCUACGCUAAUCCAGGAAAAGGCCAUUCCGCUGGCCCUGGAGGGGAAGGACCUCCUGGCUCGGGCCCGCACGGGCUCCGGGAAGACAGCCGCUUAUGCUAUUCCGAUGCUGCAGCUCCUGCUACACAGAAAGGCGAUAGGUCCUGUGGUAGAACAGGCUGUGAGAGGCCUUGUACUUGUUCCUACCAAGGAGCUGGCACGGCAGGCCCAGUCCAUGAUUCAACAGCUGGCUACCUACUGUGCUCGAGAUGUCCGGGUGGCCAAUGUCUCAGCUGCUGAAGACUCAGCCUCUCAGAGAGCUGUGCUGAUGGAGAAACCAGAUGUGGUGGUGGGGACGCCAUCCCGCAUAUUAAGCCAUUUGCAACAAGAUAACUUGAAACUGCGUGACUCUCUGGAGCUGCUGGUGGUGGAUGAGGCGGAUCUUCUUUUUUCUUUUGGCUUUGAGGAAGAACUCAAAAGUCUUCUCUGUCACUUGCCCCGGAUUUACCAGGCUUUUCUCAUGUCAGCUACUUUUAACGAGGAUGUGCAAGCACUCAAGGAGCUGGUACUACAUAACCCAGUUACUCUCAAGUUACAGGAGUCCCAGCUGCCUGGGCCAGACCAGUUACAGCAGUUUCAGGUGGUCUGUGAGACUGAGGAAGACAAAUUCCUGCUGCUGUAUGCACUGCUCAAACUGUCAUUGAUUCGGGGCAAGUCCCUGCUGUUUGUCAACACUCUGGAGCGGAGUUACCGUCUAAGGCUGUUCUUGGAACAGUUCAGCAUCCCCACCUGUGUGCUCAACGGAGAACUCCCACUGCGCUCCAGGUGCCACAUCAUUUCACAGUUCAACCAAGGCUUCUAUGACUCUGUCAUAGCAACUGAUGCUGAAGUCCUGGGGCCUCCUGUCAAGGGCAAGCGGCGGGGCCGAGGACCCAAAGGGGACAAGGCCCCUGAUCCGGAGGCAGGUGUGGCGCGGGGCAUAGACUUUCACCAUGUGUCUGCCGUACUCAACUUUGAUCUCCCCCCCACCCCUGAGGCCUACAUCCAUCGAGCCGGCAGGACAGCGCGCGCUAACAACCCAGGCAUAGUCUUGACCUUCGUGUUGCCCACGGAGCAAUCCCGCUUAGACAAGAUUGAGGAGCUUCUCAGUGGAGAGAAUGGGGUCCCCAUCUUGCUCCCCUACCAGUUCCGGAUGGAGGAGAUUGAGGGCUUCCGCUAUCGCUGCAGGGAUGCCAUGCGCUCAGUGACUAAACAGGCCAUUCGGGAGGCGAGAUUGAAGGAGAUCAAGGAGGAGCUCCUGCACUCUGAGAAGCUCAAGACAUACUUUGAAGACAACCCCAGGGACCUCCAGCUGCUGCGGCAUGACCUGCCCUUACACCCUGCGGUGGUGAAGCCCCACCUGGGACACGUCCCUGACUACCUGGUUCCUUCUGCUCUUCGUGGCCUUGUACACCCUCACAAGAAGCGGAAAAAGCCAUCUUCCUCCUGUAAGAAGGCCAAGAAGACGAAGGCCCAGAACCCACUGCGCAGCUUCAAGCACAAAGGAAAGAAAUUCAAACCUGCAGCAAAGCCCUCUUGAGGUUGUCUGGGCCACUCCAGGACUGAGCACAGUGUGGAGCGGACUUCCCGCCCCGUGUACAUGGACAGGCGCGGCUCUGGUGCUGGAAGCAAUGCUUGGACAGACUGAAUUCUGGGACAGGCAGUGCUGGGCCCUCCAGCUCCUUGGCACUGCCAGGCUGGCAUCUUGCUCCUUAAGAACAGAAUAAAGGUUCUAGCUGCCGUA